CUCAGUCAGGUUGACAAGCCCCGCUCCCAGUCGUUGGUCGUCAUUCAAGCUGGUAAAUCGACAAUAGACACCAACUGAAAUACUUGGGUAAUAAACACCAUGGUGGGAGUGGAGUGCAGGUCUGAGCAGGUGAGGGUGUGAUCCCUCUGCAACUGGUCGACGAACACCCUGGCAGCCAGACAGAUCAGAACGGAGAGGAAAAAUGGCUCGGAUUGUUAACUUUGACCUGCGUUAUCCGUUAAUGGAAGCUGGACUGGAAAGUCCAGUGGAUGAGGAGGGUGUUCAUGACUCGUUCAACCAGCUGAUAGCGGAGCAGAGUCAGAAUGGAGGACUUGAUGCGCUUGAGCUGCAGGAACUACAGAGAGAACUGGAUGAGGAGGGUCGAGACAAUGUGGCCUAUCUGUCCAGCCCUGGACAUGACUAUGGUAGGAGGCAGGAGCGAUGGGAAGCGGAAAGAGAGGAUGAUGGAAGACAGACGGACUCCCUUGCCGGUGAACGUUGGUCUUCAGCCACACUAAAGAUUCUGUCCUCUAUGCCGAGUCGCACCAUUGGACGCAGCAGAGGAGCCAUCAUCUCACAGUACUACAACAGAACUAUGCAGCUUCGAAGACGCAGACAGAGCAGACCCUCCAUCCGAGACUUCUCUCGCUCUGCCAGACCGAGCAUACGAGGCUACGGCAUGGAGGGGGACACUACAGACUCAGAGGGCGCUGAGCUGAGGAAGAGGGAACAUCUGGUGAACAAUCUGCAGAAUCUGUCGGUGAGUGACAGAGUCAGGAUGCUCCGGGGGAUGCCACUCAGCGUGGCAGAGAAGAGUGAACUCAGGAUGCAAGCAAUGCAAAAGGAGCAACGUAGACACUCCGGUCGCCAGAUCCCCUGUUGCAGUCGACUCAAAUAUUACAUCAUUAUUGCUGUGAGGCAGAGUUGGUACAGCUGGCUGUCCUUCAUACACUCCCUCCAGCUGUGGCAGGUGGCCCUCAAGAGAGUGAGCGGGCGUUUCGGCACGGGUGUCCUCUCAUACUUCCUCUUCCUCAAGACCCUACUCUUUUUCAACCUCUUCCUCUUCCUGGUGACGGGGGCGUUCUUGGUGCUGCCACAAGCGGUGCACCCUCCUCUGUUUUCUCAAGGGAGACCCUCCUUCUCUGGACUGGAGCUCCUCACCGGAGCGGGUUAUUUCUCAGACUCAGUAAUGUACUAUGGGUACUACUCCAACUACACACUGCGAAAGAGCUGCAGGGUUGACACUGGAGGGCAGAACAUGUCGAUAUCAAACGGAACCGGGAUGGACUGCCCAUCAAAACGCCACUCUUACAACAUGCCAAUGGCCUACUUCUUCACCAUAGGAGUGUCCUUCUUCAUCACAGGCAUCAUCCUCGUCUACAGCAUGUCAAAGUCAUUUGGUCAGAGCUUCAGAAUUGACAAGUCUCACAGUAUUUUGGCCAUGAAGGUGUUUUGCUCCUGGGACUUCAAGGUCCUCAAGAAAUCCUCUGUCAAACUCAUGUCAGAAAAUAUCUGCACCCAGCUUAAGGAGCUGCUGGCAGAGGUGAAUCAUAAACAUGUAAAGAACACUGUGUGCCAGAAGCUGUGGAGACUGACAGUUCAUGGCAUAGCCUGGACUAUCUGCAUUGCAAGCACCACUGGCUGUGUGAUCGGCAUUUACUACUUCUCUGAACACAUGCACCAGAACCUGCGGCUCUUCUCUCGUAACACCCAUCAGAACCCCCUGUUGAAGGAGGCCAGUAUGCUGGCUCUCCCUGUUGUGGUGUCCGUCAUCAACCUGCUGCUGCCCGGCCUGUUCAACGCUGCCGCCUGGAUGGAGGACUAUGAUUCUCCCUCUGUGCGCACAUACGUUGCUAUCGGCCGAAACUUGAUGUUGAAAGUGAGUGUACUGGGAGUCCUCUGUUAUCACUGGCUUGGUCGGGUGGCCGCUGACCCUGCAAGUAUCAACCUGACAUGCUGGGAGGACUUUGUAGGCCAGGAGCUGUAUCGAUUCCUCAUCAUGGACUUCAUUUUCACUCUUCUAGACACCUUGUUUGGAGAGUUUCUCUGGAGGUUGUUUUCUGAGAAGGGGCUGAAGAGAAGGAGAAGACCAGUGUUUGAUAUUGCCAGGAAUGUUCUGGACCUCAUCUAUGGACAGACUUUGGCCUGGCUAGGGGUUCUCUUCACUCCUCUUCUGCCUGCAGUGCAGAUCCUUAAACUCCUGCUGCUCUUCUAUAUUAAAAAGGGCAGUGUGAUGAUGAACUGUCAGGCCCCCAGGAAGCCGUACAGGGUCAGUCAGAUGACCACCAUCUUCAUCACUCUCCUCUGUAUCCCAUCCUUCAUCGGUGCCUCUGUUUGUGUCACGUACACCAUGUGGAGCAUCACACCAUCCUCAUCAUGCGGCCCGUUCCGUCAGCUCAAAACCAUGUUUCAGGCGGGAAAGCGAUGGGUUGAAGAGCUUGAAAAAGAUAAUCCCAGCCUGUCCAUGUUGGCCAGAGCUCAUGCCUACCUAGUGGAAAAUCCUUUUUUCCUGUUUGUGGGAGCAGGAAUCUUUCUGAUCGUCAUCUAUUUCCACAGUCAGGUGGUGGACGGCCAGAGGAAGAUCAUCAGCUUACUGCAGGAGCAGAUAGAAAACGAGGGAGAGGAUAAGAAGUUCCUGAUCACUCGCCUCCAGUCGAUCCAUGAGCAGAAACGAACACCGACUCGAAGACUCACCAGUCAGGAUUCUACCUGUUGAGCUGCCAACAUCUCCAUCUCAAGUAGACACACACCUACUGGUUAAGACAUUUUCAACCAGUAAACAGACUUGCAACACGUGUAGUGUUUAUAGAUGAAAUAGCUGAUCUUUAGGAAAUUUAAUGUACAAAAAAACAAAACAAGAGCAGCACAUGUUGAGAAAUCUCAAAGCUGAUCUGUCAGUUUUAAUAGAUUUCAAUCAUCUCUUAGUGGCACUUUCAUAUCAACUGUGAACAGUUUUAUAGUCUACAAUGUGUUGAAUUUUUUAAAAUAAUUUUUAUCAUUGUGUAUAUUGUACAUAAACCUUGAAUGUUGUGGGGUUGUGUAUGAUAAUAUGGUCUGUUCUCCUGUUUUUUCUUUUUAAGGAUGACUAUUGUGAUACUUUUAUAAAUUAAAUUAUGUUUUGUUUUCA